UUCUGAUGGAGAUUGAACAUGAAAAGUUGCAAAAGAAGAGAGUUGCAAUUAUUGGGGCAGGUGCUAGUGGAAUUCCUGCUGCUAGAGAAGCUCUUGACCAUGGUUGGCUUCCUUUUGUGUUCGAAUCUUCAACAGAUAUUGGGGGUCUUUGGAGAUACAAACCCUAUGAAACUGAAGAGGGGACAGUAAUGAAAACUACAGUAAUUAAUACAAGCAAGGAAAUGACUGCUUAUAGCACUUUUGUGCCCCCUUCCAAUUUUGCAAAUUUUAUGCAUAAUCGAUGUAUGCUCGAAUAUUUACGUCUUUAUGCUGAUUCUUUUGACUUUAAUAAAUAUUUAUAUUUGGAGCACAAAGUUAUUAAUGUGGAGAGAUGUGAAGAUUUUGAGAAUAAUGGUCAAUGGAUUGUACAAUAUAAAAAAGGAAAUAAUUCUGAGGUCUUUCAUGAAAUCUUCGAUGCUGUACUUUUAUGUACUGGUCACCAUACUACUCCAAAUUCCCCCCCUACUUGGCCUGGACAGGAAAAUUUUAAAGGGAAAAUAAUUCAUGCCCAUUCCUACAAAGAUCAAAGAGGGUAUGAUGAUCAAGUUGUUGUUGUAGUUGGUGUUGGCAAUUCUGGAGUUGAUAUUGCCGUAGAAUUAAGUAGGGUUGCUAAACAGGUCUAUUUGGUCACUCGAAGAGGUACUUGGGUAUUGUUUCGAAAUAUGGAUCAUUCUUACCCCUUUGAUAUGGCAUUAAAUACUCGUUGGUGGCAUAUACUUAAACAAAUAGUCCCCUCUUCUGCAGUUUCUUGGCAUUUAGAGAAAAUAUUUAAUCGCCGUUUUAACCAUGCCAAAUUUGGAUUAAAACCAAAACAUUCAAUAUUAGCUGCCCAUUUAACUGUAAAUGAUGAAUUACCAAAUCGUUUGUGUUGUGGAACUGUUCGUGUUAAACCAAAUAUUCGGGAAUUUUUACCAGACGGGAAUGGAAUUAUUUUUGAGGAUGGAAGCGAAAUAAAAAAUGUUGAUCAUUUAAUUCUCGCUACAGGGUAUUCUUUUAGUUUUCCAUUGGCUGAACAUGGAACGUUAAUUCCUGUUGUAGAAAAUGAUAUGGACCUUUAUUUGUAUAUGUACCCUCCACAGUUAAGUCCAAAAAAUACUUUGGCCGUUAUUGGAUUAAUUCAACCUCUAGGCUCAAUUAUGCCAAUUGCCGAAAUGCAAGCUAGAUUAUUUUUUGAGGUUUUAAAUGGAAAUGUUGUUUUACCUAAAUGGAGAGCAAUGCAAGACAAUAUUCGGGAACGAAAAGAAAAAUUACAAGCUCGUUAUGUAGACUAUAUUGACUAUAUGGAUGAAUUGGCACGUUUAAUUGGCUGUUUGCCGGCAUUGGGGAAAUAUGCUAUAUCUGAUCCAACUUUUUAUCAAAAACUUCUUUUUGGCGCUAAUGCUCCUUAUGUAUAUCGUUUGGAUGGUCCAGGUAAAUGGGAUGGUGCUCGUAAUGCAAUUAUGACAAUGGAGGAGAGAAUUUAUGUAAAAACUUUUACUUUUGAACCUCACUAUUAG